AUGACUAGGCGACGCGCGACAGUGAAAGCCUAUAAAAUGUCGGAUUCGGAUGCAUCUAGCAUGCCGUCUUGUCGUCCGGAGUCAGACUUAAUACCGGACUCCGAGUUAGACGUAAAUGAACCGGCGGAGGAAGAGGAGUCGAGGGAAUCAGCCACUCGGAAACCCCCAGUGAAUAGCAGUUAUUUACCCCUCCCGUGGAAAGGGCGUCUAGGAUAUGCUUGUCUUUGUACUUAUUUACGGAACUGCAACCCCCCGGUGUUUAGCUCGCGAACUUGUCGAAUCGCAUCCAUUCUAGAAAAUCGACACCCUUUACGAGACCCAUCUCUGCCUGCUCACCCUACAAAAAAUCGCCCAGAUCGUGAUCAGCCGCCCGAUAAUGCGCGAGGUCAAGCCUAUGUACAGGCCCUGGGAUUAGCAAAUGCCCGAGAUAUUGGAACAAUGCUUCGAUGGAAUGAGAAAUUCGGAAUUCGAUUUCUGAGGUUAAGCAGUGAAAUGUUUCCAUUUGCUAGCCACCUUGAGCAUGGGUACAAACUGGCGCCAUUUGCGUCGGAUGUAUUGAAGGAAGUGGGUCAAGUUGCCGCAAGGCUCGGUCAUAGGCUGACCGUUCACCCCGGCCAAUUCACUCAACUUGGUUCACCGCGGCGCGAAGUUAUUGAGAAUUCUAUUCGAGACCUCGAAUACCACGCAGAAAUGCUAAAACUUCUGAAACUUCCCCCUCAGCAAGACCGUGAUGCUGUCAUGAUUUUGCACAUGGGUGGAAGCUUCGGAGAUAAGCCCGCAACUUUAAGGAGAUUUAAAAACACUUACAACACAUUAUCACAAGACAUAAAACAAAGACUUGUUUUAGAAAACGACGAUGUUAAUUGGACGGUCCAUGAUUUGCUACCCAUCUGCGAAGAACUCAACAUACCUUUAGUUCUUGAUUAUCAUCAUCAUAAUAUCAAUUUUGAUACUGGAAAAAUUCGCGAAGGUACUUUGGAUAUUAUGGAUUUAUAUGAUCGAAUAAAAGCAACUUGGGUUAGGAAAGGGAUAACACAAAAAAUGCAUUACUCCGAACCCACGCCAUCGGCGCUUACGAAAAUGCAGCGUCGCAAGCAUAGCUCAAGAGUUCAAAUGCUACCACCCUGUGAUCCUACCAUGGAUUUAAUGAUUGAAGCCAAGGAUAAGGAACAGGCCGUCUUUGACCUCAUGAAAACAUACAAAAUCCCAGGCCAUGAAAGGCUCAACGAUAUUACUCCGCACAUCCGGCCGACUGAACUUCAAGAUGGUAUUGAUAUGGGAGGUCCCGAAGGCAGAGUUUAUUGGCCACCAGGCAUGGAGGAAUGGCUGCGACCACUUAAAAGGGGUGUCAAGAGAAAAAUGGAAAAUGGAACGAGAGCCAAGAAAGAUACUCGCACCAAAAGCAAGGCCACUUUGGUGGAGACAGAGGAAGAGGCAGCCGCAGUGGCAACGAAGCCUGCAAAGAAACAAAGUAGGGGAGGGAAGAAAGCCUGA